CACAAGUUGGACUGUGCGAUGGGUCAUUCGGUACCUCGAUUUCGUACAGUGCAACACGCUUCCAUUACCAAAUAGGUAUUCACGGUAUUACCCUGUCUCCAAAUUUCAACUUUCUCACUGGUUCUAUCAUCCAAGAAAACAAUGUGGAAAUGGCUCUGCUGCAUCCUGCUACUGCAGUUGUGUUGGAGAGCAUCAAGUCAGCCUGUUAAGACUGCUCUGGAUACUCCCUUUAACGACAUGAUAUUUAUCAGCGCGCGUCAUUGGGUUGAGGAUUUUUAUGAGCCGAUAGAAAGAUGGCUAGGAUGCCCACCGCCAGGAACAGCGCAAGAACCUGUCCCCGACAAUGUUCCGUUUCCUUGCAAUGUUUCACUUGGUCGAUCAAAAGUACCACCAACUUCGGUGAAUAAAUUAAAACCGGGUGAUAUCCAAAUGAUUGCCACACUGGGUGAUUCUCUAACAUCCGGAGCCGCCGUUUGCGCACACUGUUUCAUAGCACUCUUCGUAAGCAACAGAGGACUUACCGCGGCCGGCGGAGGCGAAGGCACUUGGAGAAAGUUUCUAACUGUUCCCAACAUCAUGAAGAACUUCAACCCCGAAGUAGUAGGAUAUUCAGUGGGAGAUUCUUUGACAACUAUGGAAGCAUCGGAAUUAAACGUUGCUGAAAUCGGUGCUAUGUCAGUGGAUUUGCCUUAUGAUGCGCAGGUACUAGUCGAGAGAAUUAAAAGUUAUCCAAUGGUGGGUACGACUUGGGACAAGGCUUGGAAGUUUGUCUCGAUGAAUAUUGGGAUCAACGACUUUUGUGCGAAUAUAUGCUAUGAACCAACAGCCGAAAAGGUUAUAGAAGAUCAUAAAGCAAAUGUAAUCGAAACUUUACGGAUAUUGAAGAAAAAUUUGCCAAAAACAUUUGUGGCUAUAAUUGCGCCUAUAAGUUCAAAGGUUUUGGUUGAAGCUCAAAGAGGAAACCCGGAGUUAAAUUGUUCUCUCACGAUGGGUUUCGAGUGCCCUUGUAUGUUUGGCUUUUCAUUUAGACCUCAUAGAGAAUAUUAUUACAAAAUAAUAGAAAGGUGGGCGCAGGCAGAAAUAGAAAUCUCUUUAAUGCCAGAAUGGCAGAGUGAGGAUUUCGCAGUCGUAGCUCAACCCGUUUUAAUGAAUUCAAUGUUACCAAAAAAUAAAAAUGGAAUUGUUCCUGUGCAUAAAUAUUUAAGCAUCGAUUGUCUUCACUUUAGGCAAAUAACUAAUGCUCUAUAUGCAAAUGGUCUAUGGAACAAUUUGUUGCAACCAGUAGGUCAGAAGUCGACGAGCUGGGAACCACUUUGGAAAACGUUCUUGUGUCCAACAGAAGAAAGACCCUAUUUGGCUACAAAUGCAAAUUCAGGCGUAUAUGGUUAAAUAUAUAAAUAGACUGAGCCUAUUUUCUAUCUCCGCAAUGUUUUGGUAUAAGACUUAAGUAAAAAAGAAGAGAAAACAUAUCUAGUAAUGGCUUCGUGCUUCAUUCGCGCUUAUGCAUAUGUGUGCAUGCGUUUUUAGCAUAUAUUCGCAUUUAGUUUUCUGCUACUUUCUUUCAUUAGAAAGAGACAGACCUUCUAGUUAUAUUUUCCCUUCCUUUCUACUUAUUCUUAGAACUAUGUUAUUAUUGCUUGGUCUAUUUUUGUUAAUAUAUAUAAUUCAAUUUAAAAAAGACAAAAUCUCUAGCAAAACUGAUUAUUACGUGUGUGAGAGAUACUUAAUAAAGGAGAAAGUAUCGAUUGCAUUAUUAGGUCAUGAAUUAAGCAGUUAUAUAAUAUGAUGUCGUGAUAAAAAAUUACACAACGUUAAGUUAUAUGUAUAAUUGUAUUAUUUCUACUGUUUUUUUUUAAAUUUAAUAUAUGUUUUAUUUAGUUGCACUUCAUGUAUUUACGAUUAUGUUACAAACUGCAAGAUGUGUGAAUCAGGAAUUGAAAUGUAGAAGAUAUCAGUAUCUCUCGGUUUUAUAUAGUAAUAGUAAUAAAAGAAAAAUUUGAUUGGUGUAAAUAUCAGAUAUGCGAUUUUAUAUAUCGACAUCUAAUAUCGAUUAAAAAUUUUGUUGUUGUUUUAUAAGAAUAGAAGUGAACACGAUAUCGAUAUAUAAAGAAAUUAUUUUGAUAUUCAAUUCCUGAUAUUAAUGACGUUUAAUUAUAAUUUCAAACUGUUUCAUGUAAAAAAGAGAAUUUGUCAAUAAAUAUUCAAAAAAGUAUAA